AUGGCAAAUCAACCGGGAGCGGCCCGCCGUAACGGCGUCAUCGGGUUCCAGAUGACGGGUGCCCCCACCCCCGCUGUCCCUCGAAGCGGUCCGCACCGCAAUGGACCUGUUGGGUUCCAGAUGGUGCCUGGCCCUUCUCCCCAUGCCACUUCUUCUUCUUCUUCUUCUUCCUCCUUCCCGUCUUCUUCUUCCUCCUCUUCUCAUAUCAACCAGGGCCCUCCGCACAGGAUCACCCCCCUGGUGGGCCCCGACACAGCCCUUUCCCACCUCGGACAGACGACUUUCCGACCCAGUCCCUCACAGCAGCAAUUCAACACGCUAAGUGAGAGACUUGCAGAAGCUGAGCAGAUCAUUCAUCGCCAGGAGAGCGAGCUCAAUGACGCCAGGUCCCAGGCGUCAGCUCUCAAAGCUCAAAUGGCAACUCAGCGGAGCACCACCAGGUUCCUCGACCAGCAUCAGAUGGAUGCUAUGAUCCAACAGUCCAAUGGCAAUCGAUCUCGGGACAUUGAUGCCCAACUUGGGGUCCUUGAAGAUCGGUUGAACCAAGCGUCUGAAGAGGAAGACCUGGUGAAGGACAGGAAACUGUCCUUGGAAACUUACAGCAAAAACCUAUCAAAAGAUAGGGAAGACCUACAAGAACUGCGGCAGAUUGUGACCGCAACUGAAUACAACGUGCGCAGGCAAGAACGCCUUGCAGGUGCGGAGGUUCGACUGAAAGGCCUCCUAAAGACUUUGGGAACCAUGCAUGCCUCGGCCAUGGAAAACACAAGGGCCAGCCAGGUCCAGACUCGCAGUGCACCGAUUGCUGAGUCUCAGACCAACCCUGUGAUUAUUGCACUCCAGCAUGUCCUGGGACGCCAGGAACCAGGCUCCCAGGGGCAUGUAUGGUUCCCAAGUUCGACCAGCAAGGGCAAAGAACGUGACCCUGGACCGGUCUAUGCUGAUCCCAGCGACCCCUCGACAUCGAGCGGGAGCUGCAGAUCAUCACGGGCCGGGUCCCCCAUGGAACUCACCGAGGACCCGGGGCACGAACUUGCCGCCCCUGUUGUAGCGCAACAAACCGUGGUGCAAGAAGCACCAUCUACCACUUUUUCCAUCGCUCCCCAGCACGUGGAGACCAAUGACAUGAUGGAACUAAAUGACUAUAUUUUCGACUGUGAACUCGCACAGCUGAACGGUGAGGCUGAGGCUGAGGCUGAGGCAUUUGACGGCUAUAUGGAAUGGGAGUUUGACACAAAUGCCGGAAGUCAGGCAUCAAAUACCAACGUCCCAUCAAAUGCCAACGUCCCAUCCGUCGUCCAAAAUCAUGCCUCGGCUGUUCCAGGAAGCCAAGCAUCCACCGUUCAGGCCCCAUCCUUUGCACCAAUCCCCUUUUCGAAUCAUGAUAUGUUGGUAUAUAGCGGUCAGGGAUUUGAUUUAACGAUUGGCCCGAUUACCCCAACCACGUGCAAUUUUCCCCCGCGCCGGCUGGCUCGCAACAUUGUGGAGGGCCUGGAAAUUGCUGUUACAAACCCGACUAUGAAACGCCGACACGACUUCAUAUUCAAACGGGCGGAUCGUCUCGUCGGAAGCCGUCGGCGCUAUGUGCCCCGGAGAUUGAGAAAGAUCGUCAAGCUCGCCGGGCGGAAGCGAAUAUCUCGCGCCGUCGGGUUCAGCGAGGACGAAGGACCAAGCCGCAAGAAGCGGAUCACAAGAGAAAAGGUCAAAGCCAACGGGUCUCUUUUACUUUCACAGUGUGAGGCAUAUGUGAUGAACACAGCCCCGAAAGUGCCAGCAGUGAGUGUGCCAGCUGUUUCGCAGCCAGCUCAAUCUGUGCAUGUUUCGACAGAGGAGGUGUCCACCCAGCUAGUCACGAGUGAGCCAGCUGUUUCUCAGCCAACUCUGACUAACCAGGAGUACACUGAGUCUGCUUUGAUAGAGGAGGCACCCAUCCAGGCAGCCUUGAGUGAGCCAGCUGUUUCUCAGCCGACUCGGGCUGUUUUGGAGUACACUGAGACUGUCUCGACCGAGCAGGUGCCCACCGAGGCAACUAUGAGUGCGCCAGCUGUUCCCCAGCCGACUCAAGUUGUCCUGGAGGCCACCAAGCAGGGUCCUGUCGAUGCAGCUUUGAGUGAGCCCGCUGUUUCUCAGCCGACUCAAGCUGCUUCGGAGGAAAUUGAGACUGUCGAGACCGUGCAGGUGUGCCCUGAGGCAGUGACGAGUGAGCCAGCUGUUCCCCAGCCGACUCAAACUGCCUUGGAGUCCACUGUGCCCGAGUCCAGUGUGCCUGAGCCUCCUGUGUCCAUCACAUCUGAUGAGGUUGUGGGUGUGCCUGCUCCUAGUGAGCCAGCCCCAACCAAGUCAGCCCAGACUAAGCCAUCGUCAGCUGAGAAAAUUCCGAGUGUGCCUGCUGUUACUAAGCCGACUCGGAAUGAUUCAGAUCUGACUUGGCAGCCCGAGGAUGAGCUUGUUGUUCCGAGCCUGCGGACUGGUACUCGUUCGCACCUCGACGUGUUGCUUGCGAGACGCGCGACAAGGACUCAAGCUCGUCCUACCAUCAUGUCUUCUUCUGAGGGGUUGCAGGUCACAGCAACCCCUCGCGAUAUCUCCACCUCUUCCCUGGUGGCCAGUCCCGAAGACGCUUCGGUCAAGAAUGCUGUUGCAACAGGGACAGAUUCCCGUGCGGGGGUUUCGAAAGGCGCCAAGAGGGUCGAGGACGCCGAAAACCUGACUUGCAGCGCUCAACAGUCUGCAGGAGAACAGCGGGAGGAAAUGGGCGGAGAAGAGGCAGCGACUUCUGGUCUUCAAAUGCCAGGAGCUUGGCCUUCCGACCCACCCGCCGUCACUGCGUCUGACGAGUCAGAGAUGCAGGAGGGAUCGGCUGUGCUGAGGGGGUUGUGGACAGGAACUCGUUGGCUCUCCUUUGGCGUAUUCGUCAUGGUGAUGGUGAUUCUGCUGUCGUUCCCACUGUGGGCAGAUCACCUUGGACACCUCGUUUACGCCUUGGAGGGUCCCGAACAGUUCCUGGAGGAACUGCGCUGGGAGCACGGAUAUGAUGUUCCAUUCUUGGAGCGGAUUAUCUAUGUCUUCCUCCGUUGUUUUGCAGGAGAUCGAACAUUGUUCGGUUAA